UGCGCGCCUAACCCGAGUCUUGGCAUUCAGUCUUAGCUAUACUUAAAAGUUGCCGAUGAACUUCACAUUCAGUCUUGACAGGGUCGAAUACCAAAGAAGAAUCCAGCAUCAGAGGAAAAUUUGUAACCCUCUCUCUGUUGAGAGCGAGACGAGAAGCAUAAAAAAUUAGAUCUCUCUACUCUUCUGAUUAACGAUUUAGACGGAUUUACUUUUACGUCUCUUUUCAAUGGGGUUACCUAAAUGCCCAUUUCUUACUCGUGGUUAUGAAAUUGCUAAAGAAAAAGCCGAACUUAAGUAUCAGAAUUGUGUCUGUACUGAGGACGAACAGAAAGAGUAUGUGCGCAGGUAUAUACAGGAAGAGAUGCUCAAGGUUAAUCAGGCAAGACUGGCUGAUGAAUUAGACAGAGUAACUGCCAGGAGACUACUGGAAGAGGAUCAGUCUAAGACUACAGAUAGUUCCGACAAAAAGACUGGGUUAGUACAUGUAUUAAAGCCUGGGAGAAAAUCUGGUAUAUCGAAAAAGAGUAAAUCUAGGAAUAAAGAUUGUGUUGACAACAAACUGAUGAUGGAUAAAAAGUCCAAGGUUAUAGAGUUAACUGACGCUGCAAUCUUUCCUGAGGUAAAAGACCAAAAUGAAGAGACCAUUGUUGGCACCCUUCAAUCCCAUGUAAACGGGUUUAGAUAUGUAACCUCCAGUUCCCAAUUCAAUGUGUGUUUUCUGUAUAAGGAUGUAAAGCAAGCUAUUUACCGAGUUGAAGAAGAGAAGAAGAUGCCACCUCUCUUGCACUUCCACUUGGUUCGCCCGGUUAAGGUGGGGACAAAAAAGACAGAGGAAAUCCAAUUGCGAUUAGCGCCGACCCCUGUGGUACAGAGGAGAUCUGAUGAUGAUUCAAAUGAGAUCGAGAAAGAGAAGCAAACCAGUGAUUAUGGCCACAACGAGGAUUUAAAGAUCUUUGUCUUAAGAGUUCAAGCCAAAUUGAGGUGGGUACCUAUAUCACAUUAUUCAUUUAGUGAGAUAGUUAAGAAAUCCAAGGUAGAGUCCGUCUUUGGCCUGACAUAGUUUUCGCUAAUCCAGGAUUCUUUUGUCCACUGAAAUUUUGAGUGUAUUCAGUUGUAUUUUUGGUUUCAAUAUAUUUAUUGUUAAGCAAAAAAAAUGGUAAUUCAGGAU